AACCAUAUAUAUACCAUGAAUCCAUAUGAUUACAUCUCAAGAACGGAUCCUUUAAUAGCUUUGAGAUUUUUGUUGUUUCCAUUCAGGUAACACUCACACAAGUGACAACCAAACCGGCGAUAGGACAAUGAAAAUCCUUCAAGAAGCAACUAGCUAUGUUAAGAAAUGCUUAGGUGGAACACAAGAUGAUGCACUCAUUUUCUGCGGAUCAGGAACUACAGCAGCUGUAAAACGACUCCAAGAAGUGAUGGGAAUUGCGAUUCCAUCAAUUUUAAGAGAGAAGGUACUAAACUCUUGUAUAGGAACCGAAGAAAGAUGGGUAGUUUUUGUUGGUCCUUAUGAACAUCAUUCUAACCUCCUCUCCUGGAGACAAAGCCUAGCUGAAGUAAUAGAGAUUAAUUUGGACAACGAAGGAAUGAUCGACAUGGAUGAUUUGAAGUUGAAGCUAGAAUUUUAUCAACAGACUGGGCGCCCAAUGCUGGGUUCUUUCUCUGCAUGUAGUAAUGUCACUGGGAUUAUGUCGGACACCCGUUCUCUAUCUCGCUUGCUACACCAAUUCGGAGCUUUUGCAUGUUUCGAUUUCGCGUCAAGUGCUCCCUACGUAAAGAUUGACAUGAGAUCAAGUGCCGUUGAUGGCUACGAUGCCAUAACUUUAAGUCCCCACAAGUUUCUUGGAGGGCCUGGAUCACCAGGUGUUCUUCUGAUGAACAAAGCCUUAUACAAGCUAAAAGAUUCUCCCCCAUCCACAUGCGGAGGUGGUACUGUUAACUAUGUAAAUUUCUUCGAUGAAAAGGAUACAUUGUACAUUAGCGACAUUGAAGAAAGGGAAGAUGCUGGAACGCCACAAAUUAUCCAACGAGUAAAAGCAGCUUUAGCCUUUCUGGUCAAAGAAUACAUCGGAUCAAAAAUAAUUGAAGAGAAAGAGCAUGAAUAUAUAGGAAGGGCACUAGAAAGACUUAUGAAAAAUGAUAACAUAAGGGUCUUGGGAAAUACUAAAGUAGAGAGACAAGCAAUCAUAUCUUUUCUUGUGUACACAAGUGCGUACUCUUCGGAUAUUGAGGAUGUGGAAAGUAAAGGAACUAACGGAAUUCAUGAGUCAAGUGAGAUAGGUUAUAAUAAGUGAAACAAGCCUCUAGAUGGGGCUUUUGUUGCUAAGCUUAUGAAUGACCUCUUUGGCAUCCAAGCUCGAGGAGGGUGCACUUGUGCAGGACCUUAUGGUCACCGUUUGCUUGGUGUUGAUGAACCACAUUCACUUGCAAUAAGAUCUGCAGUCGAAAGGAGCUACAUUGGAGUGAAAUUGGGGUGGACAAGAAUAAGCUUCCCAUACUACAUGUCCAGUGAAGAAUACGAAUUUAUUAUCUCUGCUAUAGAAUUCAUAGCUACUUAUGGACAACGAUUUCUUCCCUUUUACCACUUCAAUUGGAAUACAGGAAUUUGGAAGUUUAAGAAUAAUGCUUUUGAAGAGAUGAUGCUAAGGGAGGAGGACAGAAAGCUUUGUACAUCAUUUUUUGCUGAUGGGUCAACCGCUUUACAGGUGAAAGACAACAAAUCAAAUAUACAAAACAUCCUGCACUGUAAAAGAACAGAUGAUAUACAUUUUGCAACGUACAAAUUUUAUUUAGAUGUUGCGAAGGAAAUAGGCAACAUGCUCCCGAAGUGUCCUUCUCAAUUUGGUACUAUUCCACAAGGCGUAGACCUCAAUGAUGUGGGAUUUCGAAUAUAGCUUCAAACUAGUGAACUGAAAGCCUGUGAAGAAAAAUAAGUAAAUUUGGUUUUUUAGUUACUAGGACUGAGAUAUUACAUUGAAAAAUGUUCUGGCCAGUGGCCAAUAUUUUGUAUUUAACUUCUGAUCGAACUCUAGAAUCAGAGACUAUUCUACCUUAAUAACAUAAGUAGAAGCACAGA